AUGCAGGUGUUUUAAGAUGGCGGCUGCAAGAAAUUAUUCGCUUUUUUUAUUUUGAUAAACAAUGUAAUUUAAUGUAGCCCAAGCCAAAUAAUUCGAAUACUUAAAAAAAGGAAAUGGUUUCAGUUAUACAGUGGAAUCGCAGAGGCCAAAGUCACAUAAUAACCAAGCUGGUGAUUUCUUUAAUACUUGUUGCUGUAGCCUUCAAUGAAUAUUUUGUUUAUACCAUCCAAUCUUUAAGAUGGAUCACUAUAAAAUCACCAAGUGAACGGAACCAUGAAAUGGUCAUUCUUCUGAUAUCAGAUCCCCAACUAAUUGGGAUACAGGAUGAAAUAGGAUUUCCUGUUGGUCCACUGGCAAGAUGGGAUUCAGACAGUUACCUACGGAAGACAUUCUCUCGUGUGUAUGAACACACACAGCCUGAUGUCAUCAUCUUCCUGGGAGAUAUAAUGGAUGAAGGCAGCAAGGCCACAGAUCUGGAGUAUGAAUCUUAUUUUGACAGAUUCAAUAGCAUUUUCUACGAGAAGAAGCACUCAAAGACAAUUGUAAUACCAGGAGAUAAUGACAUUGGUGGGGAAGGCAGUGAUUUCAGAACAGCAUCUAAAGUUAGGCGUUUUGAAAAACAUUUUGAAAAUCUGACGGGGGUCGUCUCCCAUGGCUUUGUUGACUUCCUGAAGCUUGACAAUCGCAGAGCGAAAGACCUGGUGAUAGAAACCAAGCAACUCAUCAGCAGUUUCGCCAGCCAACUUAAAGCCACCUAUCGAAUGAUUGUUAACCAUGAGAGUAUGAUUACUAAAUCAAAAGGCUCAAUUUAUCCAAUUCUUCGAAUGGCACAACCCAGAAUAAUAUUCUCAGGUCAUUGGCACUUGUCUCAGAUGUUCACCUGUGCUACAUGCCUAGCUGAUGAUGAGGACAUGAACAACUGGCCAUACCAUGCUAAAGACAUCUCUAACAUAGAAGACUUUGUAGAAGUGGACUUCUCAGAUCUAAUAUCCCUGAGUGAAAUAAUGGUGCCAACUUGCAGUUACAGGAUGGGGGUUCCAAACAUGGGUUAUGGUGUUGCAAUUUUAGAUGAAUCAGGACACAUGAAGUAUACAAUCCUUUGGCUGCCAAGCCGCUAUAAACUUUUAUACAUAUACGCUGGAGUGCUAGUCAUUGUUGCUGUUUUGUUUUUGAUAAAAUUCAUAAUUUCACCACCAAAAAGAAGAGGCAUGUACAGAUGAUAAUAUUAUUAGCUUAUUAUUAAAAUCGUACUCAAUCAUUGCUGUAGACAAGACAGGAAAAAUGAAAUGCAGAUUUGUGGCCUGGGGUUAGUUUACAUAUGAUUAAGUUUACUGUUGAGAUUACAACUAUACAACAAGGAAAUAUUGAGCAUCUCAUGUUUUUAGUGAGAAUUUUUGUAUAUCCAUUUAUAAUCUGUAUUUGAUCUGUAAAGCUGUCAACUUAGAUGUGCUAGGCAAUUUGUUGUUAGUUAUUCAUUUAUUGUAAUAAAAUACCAACUGGCUGUGAGGGGGCAAAUAAAUGUAAUGGAUCUACCUGAUACAGCAGAGACUGUCUCACACAAGUUCAAGUAGACCACCCAAAUAAUAGAGAUGUCUUUUCUAUUCGUCUUUUUUACAAAGUACAUGUUAUACAUAACAAAAUA